CUCCCUCUCUCUCCCUCCCGGCAGUGCAUCCCCCAUCCCCCACACGGUGGCCGUCUCUCUUUCGGGUGAAAGCUGUCUUCCCUGCGCCACUGGCCCCCGACAAAACGUUGCUGUAGCAAGAGCCAGUCCGCACCGACUUGAGGCAGAGCAGAGCAGAGCAGAGCAGAGCAGACACACGGGAGAAAGAAAGAAAGAAAGAAAGCACGUACGCACACGGGAGAAUCUGCUUUUAUUUUACGUGUGUUCGACCGAGUGACUUUGAUUUGCAUAUCCACUUCCACUCCUUCCUCAUUUGCAUACAGCAAGAAUGGCGAGCGGGCAUCCCACAGACAAAUUCAGUUUCAUGUAUCAACCAGACACGCACAAGAGUAAGAACAGGUUAUCUUCAGCUAUGAAUCCAGUCUACAGCCCCGUUCAGCCUGGCACCCCAUAUGGAAACCCUAAGAACAUGGCCUUUACAGGCUAUCCAGGAGGGUAUCCUGCCACGGCUCCCACCUAUACACCCAACCUCUAUCAAACAGGCAGUCCUGGGUAUCCACCAGGAUAUACUUCAGCAGGCACCCCGUAUAAAGUGCCUCCCACUCAGUCAAACGGAGCACCCCCUCCUUACACCCCGACCCCCACCCCAUACCCAACAGCGAUGUACCCCAUCCGCAGUGCCUACCCUCAGCAGAACAUAUACGCACAGGGAGCGUACUACACCCAGCCAGUGUAUGCGGCCCAGCCACAUGUGAUCCAUCACACCACCGUGGUGCAGCCUAACAGCAUCCCCUCUACAGCUCUCUACCCUGCCCCCGUGCCCGUACCUGCUCCACGCAACAAUGGCAUGACUGCCAUGGGGAUGGUAGCUGGGACAACCAUGGCCAUGAGCGCAGGCACCCUGCUGACAACGCCCCAGCACCCCCAGAUUGGAGGACACCCAGUUACUGUGCCAACCUACAGGCCCCAAGGGACACCUGGGUACAGCUACGUACCGCCUCACUGGUAGAGCCCACCCAUCAUAUCUGGAGUCCACCAUCGUAUGCAACUGCUCAAAUCUUACACGGGCUCCCACUGGUAACCACGGGAACUCGGCACCUGUCUGCAAGAACAAAACUAAAGUGCAACAGCCACUUUAUUAUUAUUGUUAUUGUUAUUAUGCGACAUUCUCUAACUUUUUUUUUUUUCUUCCAAAAGCUGCUUUUAUUUUUUUAUUUUUUUUUUCUGUUAAUUUGCCAACCAGUCAUUACCUUAUUUGAAUUUCUUCUCAUUUCCUCACUUUUCUUUUGCUGUGUCUGUCUUUGGAACUCCAGAAGGACUCUUGACCAAUCACGGGUGUCAGUUGCUCCUGUUUCUGUGUUGUGCUGGUGUGUGUGGUCCUUCCUGCUGCUGCUGCUGCUGCUGCUGCCGCCGCUCAGUUGGCUGGAAAAUAUCGGGCACUUAUUCCUCAUUAUCAUCUCCAUCAGUUACUACAAAGACUUAUUGACUUAUGCUGCCAAAUUUUCUAACAACUAGAUAUCAGCACAGGGUUUUAACAUGAUUAGGAUUUUUGUUUAUCGGGUUAUUUAAUUUUUUUAAUACUCAACUGAAUUAGUUUACUUCUUUGUUUUUCUUUCCAACCUUUGUUUUUUUUCCUUUUCACACACAAAAAAAAUCCGCUUUGUUUCAGUUUAAGCUCAGUCGUCUUCCAGCGUGUUGCCGUCUGUCCGGCGGUCCAUCAUCCCGUCGUUAUGUCUCUGUGUGAGUGUCGCUAUGAGCAGAGCACUUACUGGCCAUUACCCAUCCUGCUGCGUGUCCACAUUAACAUAAUACCUAUUACGCAUUAACAAAUCAUCACCUCCUUCAUGCUCCAUACUAUGCAGGCUAGUAUGUUGUGACACUAUCAAAAUUUUAACCAUAGCCUAGGUCAAAUGUACAAAUAUUUAUAAUAACUGUGUCAACAGCAUGGACGGUCGUGCAACACUUUCUCACAUGCACAACACAAGCAUGCACACACACAGGGGCUCCUGUGGUGUGUUGGAGAACACACGAUCACUUAGUGGCACUUACUGUACAAUACCUCCAGUUAUAUUGUUACUGAUCAACACACACACACAAGCAAACACACGUACAUGACAUGGAUUUGUAGAGGAGUGCAUGGCAGACGAGAAGGAGUUUAAAGGGAUUGCGUUGGCACUAGGAAAGGAGAAGAGGAUGAGACAAGGAGAGAGGAUGGCAAGGAAGGAGGACGAGGUCACAUGGUCACAGUCCGUUUUUUCAUUUCAAAGUACAAAACAUUUGAGUUUGUGACGGCUCACCUGCAAGAGGCUGCACAGACACACUGCUAUCUUUGCACUACAUGUAUUGUAGAUUGACUUCUCGCUGUGAGUUUGUCGUCUCCUCCUCCUCCUUCCUCCUUCCAGGCGAGGACUUAUAACCAAACACUCAACAGAUUCUUGAGUUAAUAAUGGACCAGUCACAUAAACGUGCUGAUAAGACAAAAAGAUUCAGUCCACUCGUCCAUUCCACGGUGCUGAAAAGACCAAACCAGUGACAUGGAUGGUUGUACACCACAUUUAGGAAAAGAUUGUGUCCAAUCAGAAGGCCGUAAUGUGUUUACACCUCGCCCGUGUCAUAUGGAUGAUUUGUUAUUCUCAGAAUUUGGGUCCACGUUUUUAACUUUGUGGGGAAAUUUCAGCAAAAUAAGAGUUAAAAAAAAAAAAAGAAAAGAAAGUGCUGGUUCAGUGUUCAUGGCUAUAAAGAAUAUUAGUAGGAGUACAGAGCUGUGAUGAUGCAGUGCCACUUCAUUUUUAUCCGGUUCAGUCCAGUUCGGGGAGGUCAGGAGCCAGUCCAGCAUGACCUUCAGGAGAUAAUUUUUAGACUUUUAGUAGUUUUUAUGAAAAAGAAUCAUCCAUUUGUUCACUCUGCUUUUUUUUCUUUUUCCUGCGAAAGUCAGAUUUACAAAUGUCUGCUUCUACUGACUGCAUUCAAGCAUUAUUCUCCAUUUUCUUUUUCUUUUUUUUGCAGCCCAAACCUUUAUUUUCUGAAAGUUAGAAGUCAUUAGAUGAGGAUAUUUGAGCCAGUGAGACAUGGGCCAUAUACAGCCAUUUUCUGUUGCCUUUUUAUGCUUCUACAUGUUAAAGGCAUCUAUGUACAUGCAAAGGCAUUGACCGACCCAUCUCAAUCACAAACACUACAAAAACACCAAGUAGUGGUAGUGGUGGUGGUGGGGUUUAAUAUUUAGGUGACGCCUGUGGUAUUUUUCAGGAUUUACAAAAAAAAAAAAAAAAAAGACUGAAAUCACAACUUCAUGAUCUGUAGAGUACAGAUUGGUAUAACAAAAAGCAUUUACUGCGCGGGUAUGUAGAUGAAGUGGUUUGAUAUUGCAAUAAAAUAAGAGGGAAUGUCUCCCAACUGUUAACAUACAGUAAUUAUUUUAUCAGCGUUUUGAAUUGAUUUUUAAAAAAAAUGCUUAUUGUUGUAAUCUCUAAAUAUGGAUUACAGGCUCUGUAUGCAGCCUCCAUUCAAUAAUUAUUACAGUUAUUGCUAAGAUGAGUAGAACAUAUCAAGAAUUUGGGUAUUGAAUAACUUUGUGAUGAAAUAUUGCACAACAUAAGACAAAAAAACAAACAAACUUGAUGACUAUAAUUUAAUGCUAAGUAACAGGUACCUAGGCUUUGUAGUGCAGGAGGGCGGAAGAAGCAAUUUAUAUUGUAAUUAAAAAUAAAACAAUAAGGUCGAGUGUUUGAGGUAUUCUUAGUCCAGAUGUUUGUACACUAGUAGAUUAAUUCUCAAGAAAAUAUUACAUAAUGCCGCUGUCGGAUGAAAACCGUCAGAUCUUUGAGCCUUAUUUUUAGAGCGACCCUUCAAAGAUCUCGAGUGGAUGUUAUUGGCACGAGGGUCAUAAAAUAUAAGGAUCUUGUAUAUUUUAAUUCAAGCCAGUAAAACCGAAAAGAAACAGAAACUGGAUUUUCUUGCGACAGCAGUAAUGUUACUCGUCAUUAGGAUUUAUUUAACCAACCACUACUUCUGUCAGUAUUUCUCAGUUAAAUCUUAUGUUUGUUUUUUAUUUUAUUUUCUUCUUUCCCUCUGGUCAAUUGAGCAUAAUGGGUAUGCAUAAUAUUCAGGUGUAUUUCACUAUAGCAUUGGAUCUCUAAGUAAAAAAAAAAUGCAGUAUAUUUAUACAGCAAGUGGUACAGUAAUGUAUUUCUAGCUAAGCAUGGUUGCAUCAGUGUGGCAGCUAUUGUUUGUGCUUUUAAUAUUUUUAUUUUUUACCUCUAUUAUAUCUCUGUCCUCUACAUAUCUGUCACUGAGGGGAGGGUGGGCAGUAAAGACGAGGUCUAGUAAACGAACUUCUCGUCACCUUUUUCUUUUUUUUCUUUCUUUUUUUUGUUAAAUAAUUAUUGCCUGAAUUCACAGACCUUGAGGAAGCAGAGGAUUUUAACGACAGCUGAAAUGGAGAGCAGUGUUUUGGUUGACUGAAAAAAAAGGGGUUCCCAUGAUGCUUUUGGAAGCCAUCUUUGCAGUCUGUUUCUGUCCUGUGGGUGCAAAGAUGUAUUGGAACAAUGUCUUGAAAAACCCUCAGCCCUCCGUGCCCUUUGUUCUGUGCCAUAUUUCACCAACAAUUGUUAAGUGAAUUAGUUUUUUCUCCUAAGUAACUGGUGAAUUCUGAGUCCUUGUUAUGUCUAGCUUCCUGUGAAUCUGUGUUUUCCUAUUGCUGUCCUAUUUCUCACAUUGUUGUUAAUGCAUAUUGCUUGUCUGACCUUUUUUUAAUCUUUCUUGCUGUAUCCUCUGUGUUGGUCCUAUUUUCACUUUGUGCCACAGCUCCAUUCAGAGGACAUUUUGCUUCCCUUUUAACCAUCCAAACAUUUAGUUUUAUGACAUUAAAGGAUGCAAAAUGAUGCGUAUGUUCUGCUCCCACCCAUGUCCACAUCUGCCUACUACUUUUAACUCGGCUCUCCACCCCUCUCCACCCUGUCUCAGUAGCACACAUGUUGAACUUAAGGAUAAAUUGGUGCCAUUGAUGGUGAUAAUCUUUUUUUUGUUUGUUUGCGAAAUCGCCACUAGAUGUCACCAGUGACAAAGCCCAGAAGUGGCAUCACCAUGGUUCAAAGCUUUGUGCCAAAUUGAUGAAUAAAUAACGAAUUGGUAUCAUCACAUUUAAGAAUAACAAUAACAUGUUGCAUUUUGUGCACAGAGAUAUUUUUAUGGGUGAUCUUUUCCAAAAUAAAUCAGCAAUUCUGUUUUAGGUGGCAAAGAAUAGAUCUUAAAGUUUUUAUUUGUUGUUAAGGAGGAGUUUAUCAUUUUAAGUUAAGUGGAAAAAUACGUUUAUUUUCUGGACUGAGGAUCAAUGCUUUUAAAAACUAACUCAGUCGAGAGGCAGAACUUUUGUUGAAGUAGGUUUUUCAUGGUGGUGAAACUGCUUCUUCAUUUCACUCCAUUCCUUGCCUCUCAUUUAUUUCAGUUUGCACUUAAGUGAAAAUGGAUAGUUGAACACUUUGAGUUUAGAGGGGGCGAUGCAAAGUUGUCUUAAUCAUGGGUCUUUUAUCAUCUUUUUAUCAUUCAUUAUCAUGUCCUCUGAUAUUUCUAUACAUUGAAAGGUGGUAACUUUUAAUGAGAAUUACUGUUGCGUCUCUUCACUUUGACAGUGAAAAAUGCGAGCAGAACCAUUCACGACACCUCUCCCCCUUCCAUCUUUCCUCUCCCCUCUCUUUUAUUUUUUUUUUGCCUUGCAGUUGCUAAGUCUUAGUUUUUUUUUUCUCUCAUGAAUAUAAAUUAAAACACUACUAUCACAGUAAAUAGUAGGCUCUUAAAUGUCUUCGAUGUUCUGCUGCAGCUUUUUAAUUUCAACUUGUCAGAGAUAUCUCUUAGUUUAAUUUGACACUAAAUGUGAUGCAAAAA